CGAGCACCUAAAGGGCAAAAUUUUUUAAUCUCCUCUUCUCGUAAAGGGGAUGGAGGCGGAGAAACCGAAGUCUGUGCUGGGCUUGGAAGCGGACGAGGGCGCUGCGAGGAGGAGCGGAAGGCGGAGAUGCGCCGCGGCUGCACCCGGCCGCCCGCGCCCCACUCCCCGGCGCCUGCCUUCCGCGGAGACGUCGCUGGUGUCUGCCACGUGCGGGAGCCCGGAGCCCAGGAGGGGAGGGCGGGCCGCCUGGCGGGGGUGGGCAAUGCCGCCCGGCCUCCAGACGCUAUAUAAACAGAGCCGGACGCGAGGCAGCUGCGGAGGGCGAGCGUGACGCUGGAGGAGGAGUGGGAGCUCCCAGCCUGCGCGGCUCCUCUCUUUCCCUGCCAGGGCUUUUCCGGGUAAUCUGGGACCGACAGGGAUGCCAGCACGCCGUCAUCUCACCCAAAGGGCGCCAGGCCAGAGAUUCCUGGGGAAAAGUCGCCGGCUGCAGGCGGUUGUCCCAGGAAUUCCUCCAUGGUGCCGGCGGGAGCGCGGCGAGUCCGGGCGCGGCGGCUGCGGGAGGUGGAGGCGACCCGGGACUGGGCCGGUCCCAGGGAGAGGGGAUCCCCCGGGCCGCGCGUUCCGCUGUUCAGGCCAGGUAGGGGGUGGGGAAGGAGGAGGAAGAGGAUCCCGAAGCAAGACAGAGCUGAGGCUCAGAGUUCUCAGGCAGCAGCUUCUGGAGGACACCGUGGAAACCCAAGGCGGCUUUAUUUGGGUCGGCAAACACCCGGGGCCCCGGUUAAGAUUUAGCAGUGCCACCCCGCUCCUCCCCCGCCUUGCACGACCGCACUCAACGCGCCUUGUCACUGCGAGGGCUACCUGUCCUCGCACACUCCUCAGCGAUGGCCAGAAAACGUGGGGCUCGAGAUGAGACUCUGGCAGAUGGUACUCCUCCCUCCGCCUAACGUAUCAAUGCACCAACGCCCCUGUCCGCACACCCAGGAACCUGUGGCAGCCUCGCCAAGGGACAGCGUGCCCAGCACCGUGCACUGGGCACUCUUGGAUCUGGAGCUCACAACUCCGGAAGGAAUGGGGACCUAGAUGAGGUGACAGACAUGCAUGCAAUGCAGGCUGAAUCCGCCUGUCUGGAGCCAAAAAGAAACGCCAUAGUCACCUCUUUGUUACAACCUGGAUAUGAUGCCCACAUGCUUGGGGUAGAAAUGCUUGGGAUAGAUAAGCCUGUGGACUUCAGACGGUAUUUUCUCUUUCCCUUCUUUCUUCUGUCUUGUCCUCAUCUCUGUCCCCCCCUCCUUUUCUUCUCGCCCUAUCUCUUCCUCCUUUUCUAUUCUCUCUCACUCUAGUGUCUCACUUGAGAAAGACCUAGAUUUGAGUGGGAAGAGUUAUGCCUUAAACUGUUCGCAUUAUAAAUUCAAAAUGUACUUGAAGAAUACAGAUCGACUUUAUGAUUGCAUGAAUAAAGCGCUUUGCUGUAA